CCACAGGCACACAUCAGAGUAGCACAUCUGUUGGAUUACCAAACAACCCUCGACAUUACGCUUCUGGCUCUCAAGCGUGUGAGUCGUCGCGCGCGGAUUACGCCCAGGAUAAUCACAAUCGCAAUCGGAAUCGGAAUCGGAGUGGCUUCCACAUCGGAUAUUGGCAGAUCCAGAUUCAGUCGAUUGGCUGCCCUCAAGGUGACAGGACAGGCAACGCGCAGUGAACACUCAGUGAACUCAUACCAGUGAACUCCCAGUGACCUCUUGCCAAGUGAAUCCAAGACAAUAUCCAAGACAAUAUUAACCAAAGACCCCAACAUGGUCAUGUUGCAAUCGCCGGCGCAAAAGGCCAGCGAUAGUGCAUCCUCGCAGAACACAGCCGUCGGCGGCCUGAUGAGUCCCAACUCGAACCCCGACUCGCCCAAGUCCAACACCUCGCCGGAAGUGGCCCAGAGUGGCGAUGGUGUGGUCUCCUCCGGGCCAGGACUUGGAACCACAACCACAACAACUCCGCCGGCGGCCAAGAUACCCAAGUUCAUAAUCAGUGCCAAUGGCUCGGCUGUGGAGGGAAAGAAGGAGCAGGAGCUGCGCUACUCCCUCGAACGGCUCAAGCAGAUGAGCAGCGAUUCGGGCAGCCUGCUCAGCCGCCUGAGUCCCCUGCAGGAGGACUCGCCGGACAAGGACAAGUCCUGCGUGGUUGCCAACACCUUCUCCUCGCCCGCUCAGCAGCAGCGGAAGCUCCUGGAACUGAGUGCCGUUCGCCAUUUGGCACGACCGGAGCCACUGCAGCAUCCACAUGCCGCCCUGCUGCAGCAGCAUCCGCACCUGCUGCAGAAUCCGCAGUUCCUGGCCGCCGCCCAGCAGCACAUGCACCAUCACCAGCAGCAUCAUCAGCAUCAGCAUCAGAAUCAGCAUCCACAUCCGCACUCGCAUCCGCACGCGCAUCCGCAUCCCCAUCCGCCCCUGUCGCCGCCCACUUCCCCGACCAUGCAUUCCGACCAGCAGAUGAGCCCACCCAUCGCACCGCCCCAGAAUCCGCCACAUUCCUCCUCCCCACCGGACAUGGAUCUCGAGCGGAUCAAGCUGGUGGCCGCGGUGGCAGCUCGCACCACCCAGGUUCCCAGCACUUCCGCCUCCGCAUCCUCUUCCAAUUCUGCGUCCAAUGCCAGCACCUCCAUCUCCAACUCGAGCUCGGGGUCGCCCAGUGGACGGGACUUGAGUGACUACGGCUUCCGAAUACAACUGGGCGGUCUGGCGGCUGCGGCGGCUGCUGCGGCGGCCACUUCGCGACAAAUCGCUGCUGCCAACUACGCAAGGAGCGACACCAGCGAGGAGCUCAACGUCGACGGAAACGACGAGGACAGCAACGAUGGAUCGCACAGCACGCCGUCGGUCUGCCCCGUUGAUCUGACGCGAUCGGUGAACAGCAAUGCCACUGCCAAUCCGAGUUCCGCCUCGACGAGUGCCUCCAGUGAGCGAGAUGCUGCCACCAAGCGGCUGGCCUUCUCCGUGGAGAACAUCCUGGAUCCGAACAAGUUCACGGGCAACAAGCUGCCAGCGGGUCCUUUCGGCCAUCCCAGGCAGUGGAGCUACGAGCGGGACGAGGAGAUGCAGGAGCGACUGGACGACGACCAGAGCGAGGAUAUGUCGGCCCAGGAUCUGAAUGACAUGGAUCAGGACGAUAUGUGCGACGACGGCAGCGACAUCGACGAUCCCAGCAGCGAGACGGACUCGAAGAAGGGAGGCAGUCGCAACGGGGACGGAAAGUCGGGUGGCGGCGGCGGAGGAGGUGGGUCGAAGCCACGGAGAGCCCGCACCGCCUUCACCUACGAGCAGCUGGUUUCCCUGGAGAACAAAUUCAAGACCACCCGAUAUCUGAGCGUCUGCGAGCGGCUGAACUUGGCCCUCAGCUUGAGUCUGACGGAGACACAGGUCAAAAUCUGGUUCCAGAACCGCCGCACCAAGUGGAAGAAGCAGAACCCCGGCAUGGACGUCAACUCCCCCACCAUUCCCCCGCCCGGCGGCGGCUCCUUCGGACCGGGGGCGUAUGCCAGCGGACUCCUGUACUCCCAUGCGGUGCCCUAUCCGCCCUACGGACCCUACUUCCACCCCCUGGGCGCCCACCACCUCAGCCACUCGCACUCAUAAAAUUGCAAGAUGCAACAGCGAUUGUUGCAACUCUUCGAAAAGCGAGGCAGGCCGGAAGUGGGAGGUCCUGCGGCCGGAAGUGGAUCGAUGGCCCCGUCUGCGCCUUCCAAGGAUAAACUGUAAAUGUCAAAUACUGCUUUAAGUGUGUGUUUAGUUUAGGAUCUUUCGUUAUCUCGACUCCCUCGAUCACGUGCUGUAUAUAGUUCUUGUAUAAAUAUGCUAUGCUAGUGCUUAGAACCUCGAAUGCCAUAUCUAGAAUUAAAUUAUACGAUUACUUGUAGCGUUUAAGUGGCAAGCAAAAUCAAAAAGAGCAAACCAAAAAUUGCAUAAAUGUCAAGUGAAAAAUAAACAUUUUAAAAACUACCCAGA